AGUCACGCAAAUCCCGGAUCAGUUCUCUUUUUCGCACGACCUCGGGAAAGAGGUCGUACAGCCAAGAUGACGCCAGUGCUGACAUCUCUACCUUGUCUAUCGCCGAGCCUGGAAAAGGGCCACUCGGACUUACCACCCUAUCAACGCCAUCGCCUCCCAUCGUUCCCAUAGCGGACCUUGUCUUCAUUCACGGGCUUGGGGGCGGCAGUCGCAAAACAUGGUCCUUCUCCCCGAAGCUGGAGCAUUUCUGGCCGCUAUCAUGGCUCUCGUCAGACCCAGACUUUGCCGAUGUGCGAAUUCACACGUUUGGCUACAAGGCCGACUGGACAGAAUGGCAAGAGAGCGUGCUUAACAUUCAUGAUUUUUCAUUGUCCCUUCUCGGAGAGCUCAAAAACAACCCUGCGAUUCGGAGUGACACAAAGACCCGCAUUGUUCUUGUGGGCCACAGCAUGGGGGGCUGCGUUGCGAAGAAGACGUACAUCAUUGCACGCCAGGAUCCGACGUGCAAGGAAUUUGCCAAGAGAUUUCACUCAAUAUUCUUCCUUGGAACUCCCCACAGGGGCUCGAAGCUCGCUGUGAUUCUAAGUUACUGGGUUCUUUUGGCCUCGGGCGGAAAGAAAUACGUGAGGGACUUGGUACCCGACUCCGAGGUUUUAUCAGAAAUAAACGAGGAAUUUUAUCCUUUCGCCCUAGACCUUAGAUUGUGGUCGUUCUAUGAGACGCUCCCUAUCGGAAUAGCAGGUUUGAGUCAAAUUGUUGUCAACAAAGAGUCGGCAACACUGGGGUAUGACCACGAAGAAAAAAGCCCUUUAAACGCAGACCACCGGCAGGUUUGCAAGUUUGCGACGCAAAGGGACCCAAAUUACAAGUCGGUGCGGAACGCGCUCCUUACAUCUAUCGACCUCAUUCGGGAAAUUGGUCGGCGCGACCCCGGGACAGCGGACCCUAACAGCCCUUUCCCGGGUGGUCCUCCGUCAUCCAUGUCGGAACUAGCCGAUGAAAUCUCUCGGACGGGAAAGUUUCUCGAUGCAAGCUCUGACUUGGAGGACGACUUUGUCACGCUUCAACUGCUUAGAGAACCCGAAUCGUGCAAAUGGAUUGCUGAAAGGCACUUCUUUACCUGUUGGAAGGGUGGGGCUGUCCCGCGUAUACUCUGGGUGAAUGGGAGACCAGGGACUGGAAAAUCCAUCUUAUCCAGUUAUGUUGUUGAUCAGCUGCAACCUCCCUCAUUCAUUUGCAGCUACUUCUUCUUCAGGCAUGGCAUUGACGGUAGAACAAGCUUGAGUGAUUGCUUGAGAUCACUCCUGUUUCAGAUGGCAGCUCAGGAUAUCAGUGUACGACGCUGCAUUUUGCAAUUUGAAGCGGACGAAAUGGCUUGGGAUAGGCGAAAUGAGAUGAGCGUUUGGCGGAACCUGAUCACUGGCUGCGUCGGCAAGCUCCCUAGCAUGAGCAAGCAUUGCUGGGUUCUUGAUGGCCUCGACGAGUGCAAGGACAGCAGUUCUGUUUUUACAAAGCAAAUCUUGUCAUCUCUUCCACGUGGUCUACGCGUCUUUGUCACAUCUCGUCCUUUGGAACAACUGCAACGUGGACUUGCAAUUCUUGACCAAAGAGUGCACGUCCACAAUCUCUCUGAUGAUGAUACAUCUGGGGAUAUCGGGCUUUUUGUACAAGCCAAACUCAAAGAGCUAGGCCGACCGGAGAACGCAUCUGAACGCAAUGUACUGUGCCAGAAGAUACUCUCCAAGGCCUCGGGCUCAUUUCUGUGGGUUCGACUGAUAAUGCAGGAAUUUGAGAAGACAUGGACUCGCGGGUCUAUGGAAGAGGUUCUCGAAAAAGUCCCCAUGGAUCUGCAGGAGAUGUAUCUUCGAAUCUUAAAGACCGUCGAGGAGAGCAAAACGAAUGCGGAGCUGGCAAAAGUAAUCCUUCGUUGGGUUGUACUGUCCUCUCGCCCCCUCAGCGUGGACGAGCUCUGUACUGCCGUGAGGCUGGACGCCAAUCAGGACCUGCAAAACGGGAUUCGAGCCAUACCUGCUCUUUGCGGCAACCUUGUAUUUGUAGAUCAAGGCAACAAGGUGCAGAUUGUUCACAAAACCGCUCGUGAGUUUCUUACCUCGCCCACAUGUAAAUCAGAAAUCAUCGUGGUCAAAGCCGAAGACCACAGUCGUCAGGGGAUAGUGCUCCUACGAUUUCUGUCAGGGGACGCGCUCAAAAGAACACGACAAACCCCCAUGCCAGUUCUUCGGACUAGAUCUCGCAUCAAAUCUUCUGGAAACACAGUUGGUCUUCAGGACGACAUUCUCACAAACUACGCAGCAAGUCACUUUUCUGACCAUCUCCGGCAUGCAGCCGGGAGGAAUGAAGAGCUGGCUAAGGAGCUGUCUGUGUUCCUAGAAAGCAGGAAUAUCUUGACUUGGAUCGAGUAUCUGGCACAGAAAGACGACCUGGGAAAAAUAAGAACAGCUGCGAAGAACCUACGCACCUAUCUGGAUCGGCGGAGGCGAUCUGUCACUCAGGCUGACAGGUCUGUCUUCCUUGUUGAUAGCUGGAUUAUCGACCUGACCCGCGUGUGUACCAAAUUUGGGUCCCAGCUUCUUAGCUGCCCUUCCUCGAUACAUACAAUCAUACCGCCACUCUGCCCGCUGGAGUCUGCAAUUCAAGCCUUUGGCGCAGGGGGGCCGAGAUUCCCGUCACUGAAAGUCAAGGGUCUCUCCUCAACUACUUGGGACGAUCGCAUCUCUAUUAUUGACUUUGAAGGUCAACAGGAGAAAGACGCUAUAGCAGUGGUUCACGGUGAACAAUUUUUCGCCGUUGGAUUUUUGAAUGGCCAUAUCAGUGUCUUUGAUACAACCUCAGCUAAGCGUGUUGAUGAGCUGACCCACCCCGAAAAGCUACAACAGCUUGAAAUGGGCCCAGAGGACCGAUAUCUGGUUUCUAGUGGUAAGGAGCUUAUCAUCGUCUGGGACAUGAAAUCGGGCAUCCAAUUGCAUUUAUUGCCACUUCCAGGAGCAGCACUUGCCAUCAAUUUUCUGGAUCCCGGAGAAAUCAUCGUAGCGACAAAAUCCAGUCACAUCAUCACUUGGGACCUCGAGACAAACGACCAUCUAUCGGUUUGCUGGCUCACCCCUGGAGCUGACGGAUUGUUGCAACAAAUUCCCAGGAUGCCUCCAGUCUGCGCCGCCUUCUUAACCACCAAAUUCGAAAUUCUGCUUGCUAUUGGAUAUCCCACAUACCGCGAAUCUAUUGUUAUUAUCGAUGCGCUUCAACUGGAGCUUCUGGACCGCCUGCCGUUAAUUAAAAACCCUCGGCGAAUGGCUUUCAACCAAAAUCCGGAUAUUCCUGUUCUACUUGUCAACACUGAUUACGGGGACUUACACUUGUACAACUACGACUCCAUGGCGCUGGAAUCUACACAAUUCAACUUAUGUGCUGCAAGCAUGUCCUGUUCUCUGGAUGGGCGUCGCUUAGUCACCGGUGGCAACGACGGCAGUAUUUGCGUUUUCGAGUUCCACGUGGACUCGGCUGAUAAACAUGCGCUCCGCAUCUUGUAUUAUAUUGACACUGUCCGAGACGCCAUACUGGCGACGGUCUUUAACUCUGAUGGACUCCAAAUCCUCGAAACGCGCCGUAUGCAGUGCCGGGUUUGGGCACCUGCGACGCUUGUUCGCAAAGAUGACGAGCUGGGGAGCAGACGGGACGCCACUGCAGUAUCUUGCAACAGGGCUUCUGAAUUGGGGGCAGGUAAAACAUAUUGGCGCGACAAGGCGCCAGCAGUAUUUUCGAGUGCAGAGAUAUCUACACCUUUUGCUACCAUUCGAGGCCACGCAAGUAUCGUCAUUGCGGGUACGCAAGACGGGAAAAUAAUUGCUUUCUCAGUCGAUGAUGCAACCAUAUCCAAGGUUUUAUACCAGACUACGGGGCCAAUAACGGCAUUGAUACUCGCAGAGUCGCCAUGUACUUCUCUCCUAAUUACGGCCCAGAUGGCAACUUCUAUCUUGAUUUUUCAGAUUUCUAAUGCCGAAAAAGCCUCCAGGAGUGAUGAAGACUUCCUUAUCACCUCCGCUCAUGGCGACCCGCGAAUAAAGACGGAAUCUUUGAGCAACAAGAACUUGUCAGCUUCCUUGCUCACAAAAGGCCGUGCGGGUACUCCGGUACACCAGCUCUUGGCAAACCCUGCUGCAGAUCGUCUCUAUGUGCGCGGGUAUGAACAUGACGAACUCUGGGAACUGCCAUCUGGCAGGCUUGUAGCGAUAAAGCCACAAUCUCAAUAUGGAGAUGCAACAGCUAUGCCAGGCGUAGCCCGUUCUGAGUUCCAGCAUCCCGAAAACGAUUCAUGGUUUGUGGUGGUCAUUGGGGACGUGGCACACAUACUUUCAUGGGAAACUUUCGACAAUCUGAGUGCCAGUGACAGCUCAUCAGGCAUAAAGUUGGAUUUAAAAGUUGAUGAAAGUCCGGACGCAGAUAGUUCAUCUGUGGUAUGUACGGCUCGCGCCCCGCCGGCAACUCCAUCGUCCCGGGGAAUGCACAGUAAAGUUUCAUACCACAAUGGGCCGGGGGUUUCGUUGGAGCUCCUACGCCGCGCACCAGGAGAACCUCAGCAAAUCUAUGUUUGGCUACCUAGCUCUCUGGAUCCGUCCCACAAAGGCCUGGCGAGCCCAGCUGUGAACAGGCGGCUUACAAAAGUAGGGCCUAUGGUGCUUGACAUCUUAGGCUUUUUCAACCAAACUACCUUGGUGUUUCUAGAUACAAACCUAUGGGUUUGUAGCAUCGAGCUCGGUAGUGCACAACCAGACAUAUAUGUGCCGUUACAAGCAUAUCGAUCGGCGACCCUAUCACGGCGGGAGUCAAACUUUUCGUCUCGGACCCUAGUCAAUGAUGAAUCCUUCACAAUGAGCUCCUCCAGUACGGCAAGUCUUUCGAAAACGACAGCGGAACAAGACCAUGGUGUCCUGAGGGCCCGGCGGCACUUUUUUGCCCUGCCCGAGUGGCGCGCCUGCCAGGGCGAGCUGCAGUGUGCAAUGGUGACGCCAAACAAGCAGACGCCGCUAGGUAGAAGCCACGGCGCCAGUCCAGAUUUCGUCUUUGCAAACGGCGAGGGCGUCGUUGUGGUGAAGUCAGGGCUCGAGUUCUCCGAGCUUGUCACGCUGGAAACCCCUAGCAUCACGGCCCCAGAUCACAGCUAUGAGCCAUGGGCUAGACCAGAGGGCGCAGAGAAGCAGACGUGGUCAGAUCCAUCGCGUGCUCCGCAGUGGAAAGCUGUGCCUGGCAGCACGCAUCGAAGGGCGCCGGGAUGGUGA